AUGGACUCACAGAACCAAUCGGCGCAAUCCCAACAGCAAGGACGCCCCGCGCCCAUCUACGACACAACUCAAGGCGGCCAUUAUGGUGCCUGCGCCGCUCUGGCUACACAAGGCUUCGCGCCUGCGGAAUUGUAUACUGGUCCCUGGGCGAAUGUCCAUCAAGGUCUCACUGGCCAGUACAAGGACAUUUUGACGACUUACUGGCAGCAAACCAUAACUCACCUGGAGAGUGAGACGCAUGACUACAAAAUUCACCAGCUGCCUCUGGCACGCAUUAAGAAAGUAAUGAAGGCUGACCCUGAAGUCAAAAUGAUCUCUGCCGAGGCACCGAUCCUCUUUGCUAAGGGUUGCGAUGUUUUCAUCACGGAAUUGACUAUGCGAGCUUGGAUUCAUGCCGAAGAGAAUAAGCGUCGCACGCUCCAACGUUCUGACAUUGCGUCUGCGCUGGCCAAAUCAGAUAUGUUCGAUUUCUUGAUCGACAUCGUACCGAGAGAGGAAGCUGCAUCUCAUGCUAAGAGAGCCGCUGCACAAUCUGCCGCACCGGCUGGCGGCGCGCAAGGUCGAAUGCCUGCCAAUAUGGCGCAACCCAACUCACAUCCGAUGGCGGGAGCUGAAUACAUGAGUGGACACGGAAUCGCAAAUGAGCAAGAUUAUCGCCAGAACCCCAGUCUUUAUGCUGGCCAAGUUCCUACAGCACCGUCCGCGGCGUAUGGCCAAGCACAACCGGCGGGUGCAAUGUACGGAGAAAUGGAGAACAUGUACCCGUACUCGGGCAUGCAAGCUCAACAAGCGCAGAUGACAUCCGAGGAGUUUGAAUGA